CCAAGAGAAGAAAGUUCAAGAGCGAUCAAAUAAUACGAUGUUUCACAAACAUUUGGAGAACCACUGCGCGAAGUGAUACGAUUAGCUGAUCAAAAUAUUUUCCGUUCGACGAGCGAGCGGUACGAGUUCUACUUUCCGAGAUGAACCGGUCAAUUCAGGUUUCCACCAUUCUCCUAUUUAUUUUUCUAAUUUCUGUGAAAUACACGAUUUGCUUGGACGUCGAAAAAUUGAUCGAAGAAAUCGUCUCGUCGCGAAUUAAACGGGACGUCGAGGAUGUAUCGAAUAUUUGGAUGGAAUACGAGUUCAACACCGGCGCUGGAAAUCGAGAGGAACUCGUCGUGACAGACGUGUCUAUCCACGAAUUCAUAGAUCUACCGAAAACAGAAACGAAAUGGCAAUAUUUGAAUAUAAUCGGCAGCGAUUAUUUGUUUCGUGCAGAGGAGUCCACGCUUUAUUUCUACGAAGUGGACUUAGAUAAAAUUUGCAUAACGUAUUCCUCGAGCUUCGACGCAGAAGGCAAUAUAAUAUCGUACAGAGCAGUCAGCCUGCAACCGGAAAUGCAUUUGAUAGUUUUAUGCGUGGAAUCGAGAAACGCGACCACUUUGCAAUGGUACAAGCUAGAAGAUAAAAAUGUGUUCAAACAUUUCUGGACUUGGCCAGUAUUGAAACGUAUAAAAGAUAUACAGUUCAUCCAACGUGAAAAAUCCUAUCAAUUAUUAUUGUUAAAUGAUGAAGAGAUUAAUUUUGGUGCACGAUACUCAGCCAUUGACGUCUAUGGUUUUUAUAUUAAUUUUCCUAAGAGUAUUAAUUUAUUUUGGCUGUACGAUGAAAUUCCGAAAUUGAAAACAGACAGAAUUCAAGUUUGUCCUAUUCACGAAACCGCAUCACUCGCUGUUCAAGGCUCGAACCACGUUUUAUUUUAUGAAGAUCGGAACGUUACCGAAGGGAGUAGUUUCCGCGAAUUGCAGAGCAUAAAAUCGUAUAAUUUAAGCAAUUUCGUCUGUUUCGAAAGUGGAUACCUUUCGUUCCUGGCAAUAUCUGGCCCGGAAGCUGGCCUGUUCCACUUCGUGAACGACGAGUUCGAAUUCAACACAGAAUCUGAAUCUAAUUUCGAUUAUCCAGAAAUUGCUUGGAUCGAGAGUAUAAGACCAGAUUCCUAUAGAGAGGAAUCUUUAUUGUUGAUGCAAUUAAAAAAUUCUACUGUGCUCGCUCUGACCUGGCAAGGUUUCAGUUUUAAGGGAACUCAUUUGCCAAAUAAGAAUCUCGAUCAGUUCGAUCUUUCUAAAAUUAUACCAAUUCCAAAAUACGGUUUCAUGCACGGCAAUCAAUUGGUGAAAAUUCACACUCAGUUGAAAGAUGUUAUACACCCUGUCCAAUAUUCUACACAGAGACUGUUGCUCUUGCAAAGUUUACUAGAAGAAACGUUGAAUCAUCAAGACAGAAUUCUUAACGAGACAGAAGCUCGUAUCGAGAAAAGUUACUUGAAAAACCCAGUCACCGGAUUCUGGAAUAUUAGCGUAGCAGACGUGACAAAUGCAACCUUUUCUAAAAACGUAUCUUAUGGCCAGAUCACUAUAGGCAACGCGAAUUUAACACCCGAAGACGUGGGAUUCGACAUAGACAAUUUUGAGAAACGAUUAAAGAGUGUAAAGCAAAAACUGAUUGAAAUUGAUUCGAAUUUGGCUAAAGCGAAUCAGUUGGAUUUCGAUUCGGAUGUAGAAAUAUUUGGGAAUAUAAAUUUCGCUGGAAGUCUGACAGUCGAGAAUUUAACUGCAGAGUUCAUUAAUGACGUUAGCAUGAACGAUUCCUCGUCCCACGAUGAUUCUACUACGAUUGAAGAGACUUUCGAUUUCAUUCAAGCUGAGAAUCUCACGGUGUAUUCCGUGAAUGGUAUCCCAUUUAAAGAUAUUCUGUUCAGCGACGCUAUAAAAGAUUAUCGUCAUGUGAACUUUAGUGAAAUAAAUAAAGUGGAAGUGAAUGGAGAUAUUUCCUUCGAGAACAUCAACGGGAUUGAUUGGAAUAUUUUAAUGAGAGACAUCGUAUGGAAAGACGAGCCUAAAGUCAUUCCUGGAAACACUGUCAUCGAAGGGUUAACUGUCCUGGGUUUGAUGAAUGGUUUCAAUUUCUCAGAACGCGUAUCGGACACGAUUUUAAACGAUGAUACAGACAUAGUACUCGAGGGACACAAAGUAUUUGAGUCGAACGUCAGUUGCUAUCAACUCGAAGUAGAUUCCUUAAACGGUCGGCCUACAGAAAAUAUAUUAGAUCCAAAGAAGGAACAGACAUUAUUAGGUCCCAUUAUUAUAAACGGUUCCAUCACAGUCUCCAACGACUUCAACGUAACAGGAAAAAUCAAUCAUAUACCGUUCCAUAACUUCACGAACAGAUUCAAGUUUGUAGGGAACAACACUUACGAAUUUGGCGACGGAAUUAAUUUCCCUGGGAACGUGACUGUCGAGAAUCUACAAACGACUGGAUUAAUCGAUGGAAAGAACUUCACCGAAUUUCUCGACACAGUAAUUUACAAAGAUAAGGAUAAUCUUACAAUUACUGGAACGAAAAUAUUUAAGAACAAGGUCAUAUUCAAUAAUUCGUUUAUCGCGAAUGAUAGACUGAACGAUAUAGACUUGAAGAGAUUUUAUGAAAAGGCUGUAUUCAUCGAUAAACCUUUUUCCAUUAAGUCGAAAGUUAUUUUCAAAGAUGCUUUAAAGGUGGAGAAGGAUAUUAUAGUUAAAAAGAAUCUUGAAGCAAAGAGUAUCAUGGGCAUUGAUUUAGAUGACUUGAAGAAGAAUGUUAUGAAUGUUAACAGACCUAUUCACAUCGACGGUACUGUAACAUUUAGCAAAGUAGAUUUUCUAUCGAAUAUCAAAGUCGACAUGAUUAACGACAUAGACAUGAAAUUAUUAUUGCCAUUAAAAACGGAUCAAACUAUACCAGUGGAAGUGUUACGAUGUCGUAACGUCAUUGCGAAAAAGGUCCAAAUAUUCGGAAGGGUUAAUAAUGAAAAUCUAAAGGAAAUCCAGGAAAACACGUUCAUGUUAACGGGAGACCAGACCAUAACAGGAAACUUUAAUUUUUAUGGAAACGUCGUUGCUCGAGACUUCAAAGCUCGUCUGAUUAACGGAAUCGACCCAACGAGGUUCAUACCUCUGAACACAACGAAGCCCAUCAUAGGUAAUUUCGCAUUUGAGAAACCAGUGGUGUUCAAUCAGAAUCUUCAAGUGUUCGGGUAUUUAAAUGGUAUUAACCCGAAUCGGUGGGCAGCUGAAGCCGUCACUACGAAUAAUUCGUCCAAACAGAUAAUCUCUGGUAAAUGGACAGUACAUGGGAACGUUUAUUUCAAGAACGGAGCGGAAGGAAGCGAUAUACUGAACGGCACGAAUAUCACAGAUCUAUCAAACGUCCUGGCGAAAAAGCAUUUAGAAAUGCAUGAGAUAUUAGCAGAAACAAAAGCAAACUUGCACAGUGUGUGCGAGGAUUUAAAUCACCUGAAGCAUUACGCGGAGAGGCAAAUUUAUCAGUUCAACGUGUUCGACUAUUUGCAAGUCAUCGAGUACAACAGCAGCAUCGUCAGCAGUCACUACUUCGAACUGAAUGACUUGGAUUACUUAACACUGAGCUAUGAUGAUUGCCAGAUGCACAUGUAUCAGUUCACUGGGGAGACAUUCGAAUUGGUCGCGAACGUCAUCGAUUUCGGGGUGAUCGAGAAAUGGUCCACGUUCGAACGAGAUCAGACCUUAUAUUUCCUCACUUUAGGGAAAAAUUCUUGUGGAAGGAGUUCUGUGAACUUGUGGAAACUGAAGGACGAUGAUUUUCAAUUCGUUUUGGAUCUUGGACACAAGAUAAAUAGAAGAGAUGUAAAUCAGGAUAUGUUCCUGACGAUGGUUGCUGAAAUAGAACGAUUGAAAUCGUCUGAUAAGAUGAACGAGGAGUUUGAAAAAUCUCUGUCGACUCUGACUAGUGAUAACACGAAAUUAUAUUUAAAUAAUGAAUUAUUGAAGAGCGUGAAUAAUGUUUAUGAGUUUGAGGUUGAAUCUCAGGAUACAAGUCUUGGAAAAUAUUUUGGAAAGCCUGAGAUUUUGAAGUUCAACGCUGGAUUUCUUAAGAAGGAGAUGUAUUUGUAUUACGACGAGGAACUCAGCAGAAAUCGCAUAUUCAUUUGCAGUAAAGAUGCAAAACGAGGUAAGAUCUUGCAGACUAUAACAGCCCAUCGACCAGCGUCGUUCGUCGUAUUCAGUUUCGAAGGGUCAUUCGAAACUCUGUUAAUUUUCAUGGAAAAUCGAAAGAUUCUAACAAUUUAUGAAUACAAAGGUAUUCAAGGUUUCGUGCACAGAGAUAGUAUAAAAAUAAACGCUAAUAAAUUAUUCAGUUUUAAGAUUAGGAAGUAUACUAAUUUUGCAAAGCGGCGUUGCCUUGGUUUGGUCGACGAUAACACGUUGUCGAUCUUGGAAGCGGAAAUGUACGGCGAAAAAUUAGACAUAGAUACAUUAACGUGUUCAGGAAAUUGAAGUAUACAUUCAUCGGAUUAAAUAAGGAAUGUAGAAUUGAAUACUGAAUAUACGAAAUAUAUGUUUAAUUAAAAUUUA